AUGGAGGCGAAAGGGAGAAACAUGCCCUCAGAUAUUAGUUUCCUUCCCCGCCCAGCCAUGGUGUGGUGUGAGCGAGGGAUCCAGGUGCUGCUGACCACCAUGGGAGCGUUUGCAGCUUUUGCACUAAUGACCGUGGCUAUUGGUACUGACUACUGGCUGUACGCCCGGGCCUUCAUCUGCAACAGCACAGCCAACUCAUCACAGGAGGACUCCAACAACAAGGACAAGAAAGACCCUGGGGCGCUCACUCACUCUGGCCUCUGGAGGAUCUGCUGCCUGGAAGGCUUGAAGAGGGGUGUCUGUUCCCAGAUCAAUCAUUUCCCAGAUGACGCAGACUAUGACCAAGAUGCUGCAGAGUAUCUGCUGCGUGUGGUGAGAGCCUCCAGCAUCUUCCCCAUCCUCAGUGCCAUCUUGCUUCUUCUGGGUGGAGUGUGUGUUGCUUCCAGCGGAUUCUAUAAAAGCAAAAGGAACAUUAUUCUCGGUGGAGGGAUUCUCUUUGUAGCUGCAGGCCUCAGCAACAUCAUUGGAGUGAUCGUGUACAUCUCAGCAGCACUGAGCGACAUCUCCCCCAAGAAGGAUGAGGACAAGAAGUGGCAUUAUUCUUACGGCUGGUCAUUCUACUUUGGCGGUCUGUCCUUCAUCCUGGCCGAGAUGGUUGGCGUCCUCGCUGUCAAUAUCUACAUCGAGAAGAACAAGGAGCUGCGCUGCCGCUCUCGCACAGACCUCUUCAAGAGCACGACGCACGCCAUGCUGCGGCUGCCCAGCUAUCGCUUCAGGCGGCGCUCUCGCUCCAGCUCGCGCUCCACCGACCCACCACGCUCGCAGGAGACCUCCCCCGUUGGAGCUUCUAAGACCUUCAGCUUGCCACCAUCUGCACCGCCAUUCUCUGUGGCCACUCUGCCCAACCCCCACCACACCAGCAGCAGUGGGAGCGGAGGAGGUGGUGACAUCUCCAUGUACACCCUGUCAAGGGACUCCAAGCUAGGCAGCCUUGGAGGAGGUGCCCCACCUCUCUAUGGCACAGUGGACCGCGCCACACUCUACCAGCUCCAUAACUACUUCCCAAAAGAUUCCAGCGGCAGUGGCAGCGGUGGUGGUGGUGGAGGAGGAGGAGGAGGAGGAGGAGGAGCAGUGAUAAGUAGCGGCACGCUCCCUUCCCAUUCUAAGUCCAACUUGGCAGCAGCGGCAGCUGUAGCCCAGAAUGCAGCACCACUGAAUACCUCCACAUCAGCUGCUGCAACAACCCAGCCAGCCCCAAUAUCUACAGCCACCAUGGAGAGGGACAGGGGCAACGUGGGAACCCUGGACCGACUGACAGCCAAAAGGGACAGGGAUAGCAACUCGGAUACACUCAACAGGAAAACUACACCAGUUUAA